CUCUGCCGCGAGCAGACCCCCGCUUCCGACGGCCUUCGCUGCGCAGGCCGGGACGCCUCUCCCCCCUCCGCCCCCGCCGCGGAAAGUUAAGUUUGAAGAGGGGGGAAGAGGGGAACAUGGACAUGAAGAGGAGGAUCCACCUGGAGCUGAGGAGCCGGACCCCGGCAGCUGUUCGGGAACUUGUCCUGGACAAUUGCAAAUCAAAUGAUGGAAAAAUUGAGGGCCUAACAGCUGAAUUUGUGAAUUUAGAGUUUCUCUGUUUAAUACAUGUAGGCUUGAUCUCAGUUUCGAAUCUCCCCAAGCUACCGAAAUUGAAAAAGCUUGAGCUCAGUGACAAUAGAAUCUAUGGAGGUCUGGACAUGUUAGCAGAAAAACUUCCAAAUCUCACACAUCUAAACUUGAGUGGAAAUAAGCUGAAAGAUAUCAGCACCUUGGAGCCGUUGAAAAAGUUGGAUUGUCUGAAAAGUCUGGAUCUGUUUAACUGUGAGGUCACUAACCUGAAUGACUACCGAGAGAGUGUCUUCCAGCUCCUGCCCCAGCUGACCUACCUAGACGGCUACGACGGAGAGGACCGCGAAGCCCCUGACUCAGAUGCUGAGGUGGAUGGUGUAGAUGAAGAAGAAGAUGAAGAAGGAGAAGAUGAGGAGGAUGAAGAGGAUGAAGAUGGCGAGGAGGAAGAGUUUGAUGAAGAAGAGGAUGAAGACGAAGAUGAAGACGUAGAAGGGGAAGAAGAUGAAGAUGAAGUCAGUGGAGAGGAAGAAGAGUUUGGACAUGAUGGAGAAGUUGAUGAAGAUGAAGAAGACGAGGACGAGGAUGAGGAUGAGGAUGAGGAGGAAGAAGAAAGCGGGAAAGGUGAGAAGAGGAAGAGAGAAACAGAUGAUGAAGGAGAAGAUGACUAAGGCCCCAGUAACCUGCCAAGACAGAACUGCUCAGCGUUGGUUGGACUGCUCAUGGAUUUGGUAGCUGUUUUUUAAAAAGAAAAAAAAAAGGUAGCUGUGAUACAGACCCCAGGACACCCACCCACCCAAAGAGCCAAAGAAUAGUUCCUGUGACAUUCCACCUUCCUCCAUGUAGUCCCUCUUGGUCACCCACCACCAAACUCGGGGACUCACCCCAACAAAAUUGUAAGCGUUGUUAGG